AUGGUUUUGCUAGCCAUAUGUGAUGCAAAAUAUUGUUUUACUUUGGUUGAUAUAGGUAGCUAUGGCAGAGAUAACGAUGCUUCAAUAUUCAAUGAAAGCAAAACGGGUAAAGCUUUCAAAAACAACUUAUUCAAACUUCCUAAAAACCGAAUGCUAUCAAAUGGCACACAAGUACCACCAGUUCUGGUUGGUGAUGAUAUUUUUGCACUGAAAUCAUGGUUAAUGAAGCCUUUUUCUAGUAAAAAUUUGACAAUCAAAGAACGUAUUUUUAACUAUCGAUUAUCUAGGACUAGACGAACAAUUGAAAACACAUUUGGAAUUAUGGUAGCUAAAUGGAGAGUAUUUAGACGUCCAAUAAAAGCUAACCCAGAAAAUAUUGAAAACAUUAUAAAAGCUGCAAUUUGUUUACAUGAUUAUUUAAGGAUCAAUGAUGGCAUUAACUAUGUACCAUCUGGAUUUGUUGAUUUUGAAACAAAUUCUGGUAAAGUUAUUCUUGGAGAAUGGCGCAAAAUAACAGUUGAAGGUGAUGCUUUACAUAUUUUACCUCGAUGUAUAAGCAGUCGAUACACAACAGAUGCGAACACUGUAAGAUUAACGCUAACAGAGUAUUUUAUUCAUCCAAGUGGAUCCUUGUUGUGGCAACAUGACUAUGUAACUAGCUGUGGACACGAUCUUGCAGGAAAUAGAAUAUUUUUGGAACAAUGA